GCUAACCACAAAAACAGUGCAACAAAAGUCUUACAUAUAUACUCUCUCUCUCUUACAAUUUACAAAAAUGUGAUGAUGUCUGUGUAUUAAAUUCAGAUCACGCAUCUUCCACAAUCACUAUUAUUAUUACAACUUGACAAACAAAGUCACAAAACAUCAUCAAACACCCAUCUCUCCCCUUUCUUCUUCUUCCAUCUGUCUUAAUCCUUUUCUUUCUUUAAUCUGUACCCCAAUUCUCCCUUCUACAUCCUCCAAAAUCAGCAAAAAAAGAAGAAAAGAAAACCUCCAUUUCCUUAAAAACACACACACACACACACACACACGCUCUUAACACAAUACACACAAGGUUACUUGGGCAUGGACCUCACUCUCGUACCAUUCCAACAGCAACGAGAAGAUGGUGAUGGUAAACAUAAAAACAGACAUAAUCCAAACCCCAUUUCUGCUUAUUUUAACCUUGUCAAGUACAAAGAAUGCAUGAAGAAUCACGCAGCUUCCAUUGGUGGCCAUGCCAAUGACGGGUGCGGCGAGUUCAUGCCUUGCGCUGAUGAUAAUAACCUCACCUGCGCUGCAUGUGGUUGCCACCGUAAUUUUCAUAGAAGAGAAGGCACUUCCGCCGCCAGUAGUGCUAGACAGCACCACACUUUGCAUUUUGAACACCUCUUGCUUUCUCCUCCUCCUCUAGCUGCUGCGAAGAGUGUUACGGUUAGCAAGAAGCACUUGAUAACUUCGCACGAUCAUAGUGAUGACCCUGAAGAUGAUGAUCAUGAUCGACGGUCUGAGACCCCUGAAAGAGGAGAAGUGAAUCACGUGGGGGGGUUGGGUAGUAGGGCAAAGAACAAGAGGUUUAGGACAAAGUUUACGCAGGAACAAAAGGAUAGGAUGUUGGAAUUUGCAGAGAAGAUAGGGUGGAGAAUAAAUAAGAAUGAUGAUAUGGCUCUCAAUCAGUUCUGCGACGAGGUUGGUGUUAAAAGGAAUGUGCUUAAGGUCUGGAUGCAUAAUAACAAGAACGCUCAUCGCCGGAGAGAUGUUCAAGAAGAGUCUACUGUGGGUGCUCCUCCUCCUCCAGCACCGCCUCAGGCCGUCGGAGUCUAAUGCAGAUAGCUAGGCUAUUAUUUGAUCUCUAUCUAUCUCGAGUUAACUAUAUGUGUAUGUAUAGAGAGGCUAUGGUUACUUUGAUUAAUUAACUGGGUCUAUUUGUUGCUAACAUUUUAUGUUAAUUACUUAAAAUGGAAAUAGCCUUCAAAGUUUUCAUGAUUAAGGUUUUGGUACUGCUAA